GCAGGCUGCAGUCCUGCUCUUCACUGGGCGGCGGGCGCACGUGUCGGACCUUGUUCCUAAUACUUUGACUUAUUUAGGAACAAAGUAAAAUAAAGAAACUAAAAGUAUUCCAAACCUUUCCAAGUGAGACUUAAGAGUGACAUGAAGUGGCGUUGGGUGAUUUGGGGGGUUCUUCUGUCUUUGGGUUAUCAGUGCUGGAGCGAAACGGGUCUGGAUUUCCCAGAAUACGAUGGCAAGGACAGAGUUCAUCAGCUGACGGCUAAAAACUACAAGUCUGUGAUGAAGAAGUAUGACGUGAUGGUGAUCUACCUGCACAAGCCUGUAGGGGAGGACCGCAUGGCCAGAAAACAGUUCGAGGUGGAGGAGCUCGCUCUGGAGCUGUUAACCAGUCCCGCCGCCUUGACUUACCAGCUGGCUGCGCAGGUGCUCGAUGGUCUGGAUGACGAAGACAUCGGGUUCGGCCUGGUGGAUUCAAAGAAAGACAGAGCGGUCGCUAAAAAGCUGGGUAUGCUGGAGGUGGACAGCAUCUAUAUAUUUGCCGAUGAUGAAAUCAUUGAGUAUGAUGGAGCUCUGGCGGCCGAUACACUUCUGGAGUUUCUCUAUGAUGUGAUUGAGGAUCCGGUGGAGAUCAUCAGCAAUGACCGAGAGCUCAAAGGCUUUCACAACAUCGAGGAGGACAUGAAGCUGAUGGGCUUCUUCAAGAGCAACAAAUCCCCCUACUUUAUAGAGUAUGAUGACGCAGCUGAGGAAUUUCACCCCUUCAUCAAGUUUUUUGCCACCUUUGAGCCAAAGAUCGCUAAGAAAUUAAACCUGAAGAUGAACGAGGUGGAUUUCUAUGAGCCCUUCAUGGACAAACCCGUCACCAUCCCUGGAAAACCCUACAUGGAGGACGACAUCAUCAACUUUAUCGAGGACCACGACAGACCGACUCUGAGAAAACUGGAGCCCCACAGCAUGUAUGAGAUCUGGGAAGACGAUAUUAACGGACAGCACAUUGUUGCCUUUGCUGAGGAGUCUGACCCUGACGGUUAUGAAUUCCUAGAGAUCCUGAAGGAAGUGGCUCAAGAGAACACAGAGAAUCCAGAAUUAAGCAUCAUCUGGAUUGAUCCCGACGACUUUCCACUGAUGGUGCCGUACUGGGAGAAGACCUUCGGCAUUGACCUCUCAUCUCCUCAGAUUGGUGUGGUGGACGUCGAAAAUGCGGACAGUGUGUGGAUGGAGAUGGAUGAUGAAGAGCACAUGCCCACCGCAGACCAGCUCGACGCCUGGAUAGAAGACGUGAUGACUGGAAACAUCAACCCUAAUGAUGAAAAUCAGUAUCACGAUGAUGAUGAUGAAGAUGAUGAUGAUCAUGAUGAUGAAGAUGAUGAUGAUCAUGAUGAUGAUGAUGACGACGAAGAUGAAGAUCAUGAUGAUGAUGAUGAUGAUGAAGAUCUUGAUGAUGAUGAUGAUGAAGAUCUUGAUGAGGAUGAUGAUGAUGAUGAAGAUCAUGAUGAUGAUGAUUAAUCAGUUCUUCAUCUCUCUCAGGCUUCAUCUCUCCAUCAUUGGCUCAUGUUUGUGACUUUAUGAACUCGUCAUGUUCGUGUCAUCGCAGGCUGAGCUUCUCUCCUGUGCCAUCUGGAGGACGCUGUCAUCAUUUCAUCUUAUCUCAUUGUUUAAAAGCUGAUUCUAAUGAAUAAUAAAGAUCCUACUUCAGGAUCACUGCAAUAAAUCAGGGGAAAAAAACUGCACUGACAUCUGUUGAUCAGCCUUCCACUCGCAGGCUGUUGUUUAUGGAGGUUUUAUUGCAGGAUAAAUGACGCUCAAUGGAAAUUCUUAGCCUUCCAUCAUCUGGAAUGUCUCAAAUAAAAUUAAAAGAAAAAUAAAAUAAUCCCUGUUUCUGGUUCAACACAAUGCAACAAGAGGAGAACAGUGAUUAAACUUUGGCUCUGUGUU